GUGGACGGUUCUUCAGAAACAGCUCGCCAACCACCCCGGUCGUUUGCUAGCCAACAUAGCCGAAAGAUUCCAGCUAUUUAUACGCUUUCGGUGUAUAUUACCUACUGUGUUUUAUACACACUUUUGUCGUACCUACUUGUUAAACUAUUUAAUAUUACGUUAUUUUGUAUUAGUCAGCUAUAGUAGUUGGCUGGUUAAGUUAGCACUAGCCUAGUCACUAAUGAUAGCCAGCUAGCUAACAUUCCUGAACAUGAGCUCCCUAAACUUCUCUCCUGUUGAAGAAGAGGAGGUCUGCUGGACGGAGAAAGAAACUCUGGGGCUGAACAUUGUCGUGAAAGAGGAGAAGGAAGAAGAGGAUGUCACAGUUAAACAAGAAGUAGAGGGUGAGACUGUUACUGUGAAAGAAGAAGAGGAAGACGUUUCAGUGAAAGAAGAGGAGGCAGAGAAAGACGUUUUUGGAGUGAAGAAGGAAGGGGAGAUUACAGUCACAUUGAAAGAUGAAGAUGAGGAGAUGGGAGAUCUGACUAACACCAGAGAGAUACCAGAUUCUGACAGCAGGAAGAGUCCUUCAGGGGAACCAGACCCAGAGAUGCCCAAACCAGCGAGACGACACCACUGCUCCCACUGUGAAAAGAGAUUUUCCAGCUCAGGGGACUUAAAAGCUCAUGAAAGGACACACACGGGAGAAAAGCCUUUCCAGUGUUCCCAAUGUGGAAAGAGUUUUACUGUGUUAAAUAACCUGAAAAGGCAUGAGAGAAUACACAAAGGAGAAAAGCCUUUUCAAUGUUCCCAGUGUGGAAAGAGUUUUACCCUGUUAGCUAAUCUGAAAAGGCAUGAGAGAAUACACACAGGAGAAAGUCCUUAUCACUGUUCCCACUGUGGAAUGAGUUUUAUUCAGUUGGCGAGCCUGAAGGCACAUGAGUGGACACACACAGAAGAAAAGCCUUUCCAGUGUUCCCAGUGUAGAAAGAUUUUUACCCUGUUAGCUAACUUGAAAAGGCAUGAGAGAAUACACACAGGAGAAAAGCCUUACCAUUGCUUCCAUUGUGAAAAGAGAUUUUCCCGAUCAGGGGACCUAAAAGCUCAUGAGUGGACACACACAGGAGAAGAACCUUUCCAUUGUUCCCAGUGUGGAAAGCGUUUUACCGUGUUAGCUAACCUGAAAAGGCAUGAGAGAAUACACACAGGAGAAAAGCCUCAUCACUGUUCACACUGUGGAAUGAGUUUUAUUCAGUCAAGGAGCCUGAAGGAGCAUGAGUGGACACACACAGGAGAAAAACCUUUCCAAUGUUCCCAGUGUGGAAAGAGUUUUAUCGUGUUAAGUAACCUAAAAAGGCAUGAGAGAAUACACACAGGAGAAAAGCCAUUCCAAUGUUCCCAUUGUGGCAACAGUUUUACUCAGAGAGGGCACCUACAAGAGCAUGAGAGAAUACACACAGGAGAAAAGCCUUACCACUGCUCCCAGUGUAAAAAUAGAUUUUCCCGAGUAGGGGACCUAAAAGCUCAUGAGAGGACACACACAGGAGAAAAGCCUUUCCAAUGUUCCCAGUGUAGAAAGAGUUUUACCGUGUUAGCUACCCUGAAAAGGCAUGAGAGAAUACACACAGAAGAAAAUCCAGGCACCGAAGACGUGGAUGUCGAUUAAGGCAACCCCUCGCACCUCUCUGAUUCAGAGGGUUUGGGUAAAAUGCGGAAGACACAUUUCAGUUGAAUGCAUUCAGUUGUACAACUGACUAGGUAUCCCCCUUUCCCUUUGCCUAUAGAGCUCUGCUAUAAACAUGAGAGCAAGAUUAGAUGUUAUGUUCUGCAUUUUUAUUAGGGCAGCCACCAAGUUAAGAAAUGAUGGAAUGUUCUGAAAACUGACUUCAGGUUUUUGAGGAAUCGAGUCUCGCAGGAAGACAGUUUUAUUUUAUGAAGGUUUAAUUCAGUUCUCUUCUUAGUAUUUAACUAAAUACUCUGUCUUUGGUAUGAGAUGGACUAGACUUAUUACUGUUCCCACUGGAAUGAGUUUUCAGUUAGGGAGCCUGAAGGAGCAUGAGUGGACAAACACAGGAGAGAAGCUUUACCACUGCUCCCAGCGUAAAAUAGAUUUUCACGAGUCGGGGACCAAAAAGCUCAGGAGAGGACACACACAGGAGAAAAGCCUUUCCAAUACUCCCAGUGUGGAAAGAGUUUUGUCUGGUUAAGGAGUCUGAAGGAGCAUAAGAAGACACACCAAAAAAGCCCUACCACUCCUCUCUCUCUCUGUGUGGAAAGACAUUUUCCCAGUCACAGAACCUGAAAUCACAUGAGAGAAUAAAGUCAAUGUGUUCUGACUUUUUGACUGAGAAUUUGUGUUUUUGUUUAUGCCACAUGAAAUCAUAUUGUUUAUGAUUAAACCUGUCCCACAGUUGACAAUGUCCAUCAGAGCAAACACCAAGCAAUGAGUUCAAAGAAAUUGUCAAUAGAGCUCCGAGACAGGAUCGUGUCGAGGAACAGAUCUGGGGAAGGGUACCAAAAAAUGUCUGUAGCAUUGAAGGUCCCCAAGAACACAGUGGUCACCAUCAUUCUAGAAUGGAAGAAGUUUGGAACCACCAAGACUUCCUAGAGCUGGCCGCCUGCCAAACUGCGAAAUGGGGGUAGAAGGGCCUUGGUCAGGGAGGUGACCAAGAACCCGAUGUUCACUCUGACAGCUCCAGAGUUCCUCUGUGGAGACGGGAGAACAACCAUCUCUGCAGCACUCCACCAAUCAGGCCUUUGUAGUAGAGUGGCCAGACGGAAACCACUCUUCAGUAAUAAGAACAUGACUGCCCGCUUGUAGCCAAAAGACACCUAAGGACUGAACUCUUUGGUCUGAAUGCCAAGUGUCUCACCUGGCGUAAAGCGUGGUGGUGGCAGCUUCAUGCUGUGGGGAUGUUUUUCAGUGGCAGGGACUGGGAGACUAAUCAGAAUCGAGGGAAAGAUGAACGGAGCAAAGUACAGAGAGAACCUUGAUGAAAACCUGCUACAGAGAACUCAGGACCUCAGACUGGGGCAACGGUUCACCUACCAACAGUACAACAGCCUUAAGCCCACAGCCAAGACAACGGCGGAGUUGCUUCAGGACAGGUCUCUGAAUAACCUUGAGUGGCCCAGCCAGAGCCCGGACUUGAACCCGAUCGAACAUCUCUAGAGAGACCUGAAAAUAGCUGUGCAGUGACGCUCCCCAUCCAACCUGACAGAGCUUGAGAGGAUCUGCAGAGAAGAAUGGGAGAAACUCCCCAAAUAAAGGUGUGCCAAGCUUGUAGCGUCAUACACAAGAAGACUCAAGGCUGUAAUCGCUGCCAAAGUACGUAGUAAAGAGUCUGAAUACUUAUGUAAAUGUGAUUUUUCAGUUUAUUUUAAUAAAUUAGCAAAACAAAUAAAAAAAAACAUGUUAUGGGGUAUUGUGUGUAGAUUGAGUAUUUAAAAAAAAAUCCAUUUUAGAAUAAGGCUGCCAUGGUACCGUAACAAAUGUAGAAAAUUUGAAGGGGUUUGAAUACUUUCUGAAUGCACUGUAGGAGCAGUACAGACCUAGUCUGUUCAUUAUAUACAUCUACAUGAUGUAUUGUUUAACAUGUAAUUCUCAAAAAGAAGGUGUCUCCCAUGUUUUCAAUACUCCAGCACCCUCCCCUUGAGAGGAUAACGACACUGAAAUGUUUUAUGAGAUUAGAGAACACAUUGGGUGGGAUCUUAGACCAUUCCUCCAUACAGAACCUCUCCAGGUCCUUGAUUUAUUUUGUCUGCGCUUGUGGACUGCCCUGUUAAAUUCAACCACAGGUUUUCAAUGGAGUUCAAGUCUGAAGACUGAGAUGACCAUUAAAGGUUGAUUUUUGUGCCCAA